AUGGAUUCGUUGCGACUGUUCGUCCCGAAAUUCCGAUUCGGAGAUCGGAAAAAGGACUAUCGAUUUCUGGAAAAUGGGGAUAGUUUGAUUGGUUACUAAUGAGUUAUAUUAUGCCUUUUCCAGAGAAAUCUUUUCUUCUGGAUUUGAUCAGCCGAUGCAAUUCUCUUUGCGCCUUCAAGCAAAUCCAGUGUCAGUUGCUUUCCCGGGAUUUCCUUCGGGACGACUUGGUCGUUAACAAAGUCGUGAACUUUCUCGGCAAAUCGGCGGAUUUCUCGCCCUACGCGUGCGAGUUUCUGCGGCAAAUCCGUCGUGGGUUGAGCUCAUUCCCCUACAACACGCUUUUAUCAAACUACGCUAUCUGCGAUAACCCGUCAGCCGCGAUUCUGGUUUAUCGAACGAUGGUGAAGAAUGGGUUUUCUCCGGACAUGUAUACUUUUCCCGCUGUACUAAAGGCUUGCGGGAAGUUUUUGGGAGUCGGAGAAGGGAAUCAAAUUCACGGAACUCUGAUUAGGAUGGGUUUUUCUGAUGAUAUUUAUGUGCAAAACUCUCUCGUUCAUCUAUACGGUGUAUGCGGCGAAUCGGGUGAUGCAAGUAAGGUGUUUGAUCAAAUGCCUGUCAAAGAUGUAGUCUCGUGGACUGGGAUUAUAUCCGGUUUUACGAGAAUCGGAUUGUACAAAAAGGCAUUGGAUUUGUUUUUGAAGAUGGAUGUUGAGCCAAAUUCGGCUACAUAUGUGAGCGUGCUGGUGGCCAGUGGGCGAGAGGGGUGUUUGAGUUUAGGGAAAUGUAUCCAUGGGUUGAUCUUAAAACGGGCUUCUAUUAUGAGCAUCGAGGCAGGCAAUGCUCUUAUAGAUAUGUAUGUUAAAUGCGAGUGUUUGAACGAUGCAAUGAUACUAUUUGGUGAUCUUCCGGAGAAAGACAUUGUUUCUUGGACGAGCAUUAUUAGCGGACUGGUUCAGAAUAAAAGGCCUAAAGAGGCCAUUGAAUUGUUUUCUACGAUGCAGACAUCGGGUCUGAAACCUGAUGGGGUUAUACUGACUAGUGUUCUGUCAGCUUGUGCUAGUUUAGGAGCUCUUGAUUAUGGGAGAUGGGUUCAUGAGUAUAUCCUCCGGGCUGGGAUCAGAUGGGAUACCCAUGUGGGUACAGCUAUGGUCGAUAUGUAUGCAAAGUGUGGGUGCAUCGAUACAGCGUUGGAGAUUUUCUACGGAAUCAGAAACAAAAACGUAUUUACGUGGAAUGCUUUGUUGGGUGGUUUGGCCAAUCACGGGCAUGGAAGUGAAGCCCUUGGAUGUUUUGAAGAGAUGGUUAGAUCCGGUUUGAAGCCAAAUGAUGUAACGUUUCUCGCUGUUUUGACAGCUUGUUGCCAUUCAGGGUUAGUCGAUGACGGCCGGAGGUUCUUAUGCAAGAUGCAAAGUGGACGCUACAACGUAUCUCCAAGGCUAGAGCACUAUGGCUGCAUGGUUGAUUUGCUAUGCAAAGCUGGACUGUUGGAUGAAGCCUUGGAGCUCGUAAAAGCUAUGCCAAUGAAACCCGAUGUGCUAAUAUGUGGUGCUAUUCUCAGUGCCUGCAAGGCUAGGGAGACUUUGGAGCUUCCUCCUGAAAUCUUGGAUUGUUUUUCAAAUAUGGAGUUUCAUGAUAGUGGUGUACAUGUGCUUUUGUCGAAUAUUUAUGCAGCUAAUAGAAGAUGGGGCGACGUUACGAGGAUAAGGAAGUUGAUGAAGGAAAAGGGCAUAUCAAAAACACCAGGGUCAAGUACUAUAGAAGUUGACGGUGAGAGCCAUGAGUUUGUAGCUGGAGACACUAACCAUCCCCGGAAUGAGGAGACACGUCUUGUACUGGAAAACCUCGGUUAUCAAGCUGACCUCGGAGAUGCAUUCUAGGUUUCAAAUCGAAGAAACGGAGGACCCAACAAUCUGAAACUGGAAAUCGGAAACCUCAUCAAAGAAAGAAGCAGAAGAAGGAGAUGGCCUAUCAUGUGAACAGAACGGGAAAGAGGGUCAAAUUAAGUAAGCCAAAGCAGUCACAGGGCAACUCUCCUUUGGCAAGCAACAGAGCCAGUCGCCUGCCAAUGGAGAAAUGCCCUAUCACUGCUUUUGCUCAUUGAAGUUCCUGCUCUGUUCCUCCAUAGCCAGUUUCAGUUUGGUAUAUAAAAGAAAAAAAAGAGACGGAUAAGAAGCUUUUUGACGGGCUCUUCUUCCACAAACGGAGAUGCUAUGGAGGCGUUUAUUCCAUGGAUAUCCAUUCCUUGAAAGCUGCUUUUCAUGGCGUGUUUUCGGUUCUAGAGAAGCCAUGGGAACGUAUUCUCUUAGCGUUUACCUGCCCAGAUUCAGAUUCUAGAAGAUGAUGCAAGUAUUCAACUGCCCAUCUUCAACUUUGAUCAUUCAUGGUUACUGAAAAAGAGAUGAUGAUGAUGGUGAUGAUGAUGAUGAUGAUGGGACACGUGUAUAUGGUGGUUGGUGGAGGCUUUUCUUGCUUUGGUAGAUAUAGUAAAUCUGGUGGCACUCGCUUUUAAUUUCAACGGCCAAGAGGAAGACGUAUACACUUUUCUUAAUUCGAGGAUUAUCUCUAAUUAAUCA